ACCCCAUUCCCUGGUGACAAUGGCUGGUGCCACCAGUGUGAGAUGGCCCUGCAGGACCCCUGUAUGACAGUGGCUCCUCUGUUGUCCCCAUCAUUCCCCCUUCCCCUCUGGGACCCUGUCCUGUGGUGCAAGUGGCCAUUGGCCAUGGGCAAGCUGCUCCCCUCCCUUGGCCCUUCAAAGGGGCCCACAAGGGUGACCCAGGCUGUGGGAUGGGGACACAAGAGCAUGUGGUAGAAAUGUGCAGUGGCAUUUCCUGGGUGGGACUGAGAUCCCCUGGGAGUCAGGGAUGUCUCUGCCACUGGCUGCUUCCUUGGAGGACCCUGAGCAAGGCUUGGAUGCAGACUCAGGGUCUGGUCAAUGUGAGAAAUGACCUGAUUUGCAGAGGAUCCAGAUGAAAAUAAAGUUGAUGGCAAUGAACACCCUCCUGUCAUUGUUCAGCUGAGGCUCCCUAAAGCAUUUGCCUUUCUCUGGAGUGUGGGGUGACAUCCAUGCAGGCCUGUGGCCCUUGACACACACUCAGCCUUUGAGCUGCUGCUGAGUCAAACCCUACAGAUUUAGCCCCUGUAAUCUUUCCCCUUACGUCAGUCCUUCCAAAGCCCCCUGGCUGCUGCCAGGAGCUCCCCCUUGCUGUCCCCUCCCAUUUGCCAGGAGCAGUGACAAUGAAGGAAAUGAGAAAUAGAAACCAGAAAGGAAUCAGUGAAACCCCCUUGUCAGUGUUUGUGGCUCUGGGGAGAGGGAGCUGGGCACCAGGGCUUGAGUUCUGAGUCCCUGGGACACUCCAGGGCUGUGUCCCCUCAGCUUGGGGACAAAACAAUGAUGGGCUCCCUGCAGCUGCGGAAUGGAUGGAAACCUCCCACUUUCAGCCCAGGCUGUGUUCUGCUGCUCCCAGCCCAGCCUCAGCACAGAGCAGGGAUGGUCAAACCCCCACAAGGGAAGGGUCAGGUGGUUCCCUUCCCUUGUCUACGCUCAAACCCCUUUCACUAACACCUUCCUGCAUCUCAUUGGGGUUGGAUCUUACCCUCCCUCCUGGGCUGUGCCUUCCCAUGGCUGCUUCUGGUCCCUAUGCUGGAAGCAUGAUGCCAGAGUCUUGCUGGGCAGAGGGCACAAAUCAAGCUCUCCCAGGGAUAUUUAGGGUUUUCCCUUCAAAAGGGAAAUUUUUCUCCUCAAAUCCUUGGGGGAAGCAAAGCCAAUCCAGCCCUUCUGUGUGCAGCAACAAACAUUGCAGAGGAUUGCAGGACACACAGGCCCCCAGCCCGACCAAAGGAAUGCUUCAGUUUGGGGUAAGCAGCACCAGCUUUGCCCAGAGUGUGGCAAGAACCAGCCAAGCUUUUACCUGGCCCAUAAAUGCCCUGAUGGAGUGGAUGGACCCGAGCUCUGUUAAACAGCAAACGAGCAGGGUGUGGCUGGUUCCCAGUGAGGGAUUUCACCAGUUUAGGGUUGGGGCAUCAGCUUCCACCCCACAGCUCCUGCCCUGCGAGCCUGGGCUCAGAUCUGCUCUGAGCCAGGGGAUGUUAGUUUGAAUUAUGCCCUAGAGAUACCAGUGUUUCCUCCUGCCUGAGUUCUCUUCACAUUUUGCAGCUAAAGGGCAGGAAAAAUGCCUGCAGUCCAUCUGAUCCCGCAUGAAGCCGAGUGCUUGCAGCCCAUGGGCAGGCAGUGGGUUUGCUGCUGGGUUUAAAGCCAAGUUUAUAAUUCUGGCAGGCGCCUUAUAAAACCAUCAGAGAACAGCACAGGGGGAACAUCUUCAAAUUCUGGGGCAAAAGAACCUCCACAGGGGGGUAUUUUCAGGUUGUUUUGUCUUUGGCAGGAUGUUACAAUCUGGGGGUUACAACUAAUCUUGUAUUUUGUGUUAUUUGGAGUCUUAAAAUAACAUUUGCUGUUCGUCUGCUGUUCUUCCCCCCACUCCAAACACCCCCCAGCCCCAGACUAUUGCAAACCAGGACAGGGUGGGGACUUUUCUGCCCUUCCCGAUGGCACUGGCAGUGCCUUUGCAGAGCUGCCCUGGGAUCUGAGGACUUUGGGGGCAGCGUGACCCUCUGAUGGGUCCUUCCCACACCCCACUUGCAGCACAGCAAACAGGAAAUGUAUGAGCACCGGCAGUUGAGUGUCAGAACGGAAAGUGCCUUGAGUAAGAGAGACGAGAGCGGGGCCACGGGGCAGCUCGGGCACCCUCGGGGUGGGACCGGAGACCCCUGGCCUGGGGAGCCCCUUGGCCUCGUGUGCUCCAACUGAGGAUCCCUCUUGGCACGUGGGGAGGGCUGGAACAAAGGUGUGUGGCGAGGACAGUGCCAUGUCCGAGCGCCGGGCGGCUGCCAAGGGCCGGCGCUUGGGCUCCAGCUGGCGCAAGCAGCUGCUUGAGAGCUCCAAGGAGGCCCCAGCACCAGCGCCCAGCCCUGGUGAGGAGCCACCGUGGGCAUCUGAAAUAGUGCAGAGGGUGCAGCACCUCCUCAGCCACCGGGCCACGGAGCAGGCGGGAGUCAUCACCCGCUCAGACGUGCAGAAGCUGCAGGCGGAAGGUUUGCCGUGCAGCAGGGAGGAGCUGGAGCUGGUGUUCGAUGGGCUGGAUGCAGCUGGCACCGGGUGCUUGGGCACAGAGGAGUUCACGGCCGGGCUCCGGCAGUUCCUGAGCUCCCAAACAGCUUCCAGGGAGCACCGGCGGCGGAAGACGGCGUCCCGCAGGGUCCGGCUGGUCCUCCCCACCCCGGCGCUGGAAGGGGGGAACAGCGAGGAGCGCAGACAUUUCGCUGCCUUUAUGGAGCAGCUGGGCACAGAAAACCUCUCUGAAGAACAGGAGAUCUGGCAGCUCUGGGUGAAGCUCCGUCAGGAUGAGCCCCAGCUGCUGGACAACCUGGAGGACUUCCUGGCCAAGAUGAGGCACCGCAUCCAAGAAGCCAGGAGCGAGAAGGAGGCUUUGGAGCUGACUCUGAACAAGCGUGUGGCCGAGCACGACAAGGACGUGCAGCAGCUCUGCGAGGCCCUGGAGCAGCAGAUCCAGCAGGAACAGCUGCGGCUGCAGCAGGAGAGCAUGGCCCGGAGCCAGCAGCAGGGCGAGGAGCUGCAGCGAGUGCUGGAUGCCAGCGAGAGGGAGGUGCAGCGCUUGGUCACGGCGCAGAUGGAGCUGGAGCGGCGCUGCCACAGCCUCCACAGCUCCCAGCAGGUCACCAGCACGGAAAACCGGCAGCUGGAGCAGAGCAACCGGGCACUGGAGCAUCACCUGCAGCACCUGCACCAGCAGCUGCAGCAGACCCAGGGCCACCUGAGGACAAUGAGGGCUACAGUGGUUUGGCAGCACAUGGGGGAGCCCGGGGACAGAGUGGUGGCAGAGUUACCCAUCGAGGUGCCAAUGUCCCCACAGCUGAGUCCUGGGAAGAGCGAGCAGUUCCGCUCCGAGAUGAGGAUCAGGCUGGGAUCCCAGAGCAGCGAGAGCAAAGCCAAGAGCACCCACCAAGUGGUUUGGGAAAUGCUGCCAGCAGAAAUAAACCUUUCCGGAGCCCCACGGACAGCAAGCUCUGCAGAAGAGGACCCCUUCCCAGAAUCUCUGAAAGAGGAAGGUGUCUCUGACCAAAGCUCUUUGCUAAGAGAGAUGAAUGAUGCAAUAGCAGCUCUGAGCAAACAUCUGAAGGCACAGGCAGUGGGUGCAUCCCCUGCCCUGGCAGACAUACCCUGCCACCCCUGGGACAAUGCUGAGCCCCAAAUGGGGCUAGAGGCAGCCACAGCCCAUGAAACAACCCCUGGGGUCCUGCAGGAGACCCUCCCUGGAAAUGUCCAUCAUGAGCUGCUGGAAGGAGACCUGCAAGAGGGAGCAGCCACAGCUGAGCUUCAUGCUCUGGAUGUGACACAGGCUGAUGCGUGGCAGCUUUGUGCUCCAGGACAGGCAGCCCAAAGGGAGCUUCAGGAGCAGGUUUCAGCACAGGGACAUGAGGGGAGGCUUCACACGGUGGCCCAACAGCCAGAGGGGGAGACACCACCCGCGAUGGCACCGGAGCACACGGCUGUUGGACCUGCUGAGCAUCCAAAGCAAGGGCUGCCACCAGCAUCAACACUGCACACAGUGCGACCAGAAGAUGCUGGGAGGGAUCAGCUGGGGCUGGUCCUCAGAGACAACUCACUGUGGCAAAGGCAGCUCUUGGGAGAACAGAGCAAAGACCUCAGUGUUGGUGAAAGAGAGAAGAUGCAAGAGUUUGGUCAGAAAAUGAGUCAAGAAGGUGAUUCCAGCCCAGAAGAGCCAGGGGCUGUGACUGCAGGUGGGGCAGGAGCUGCCCCAAGGGGUUGUCCCAAAGCUGCCCUGGACCCAGACCACCUCUACAACGUGCUGUUCAUUGGGGACUCCCAUGUGGGCAAAACGUCGUUCCUGUACCGUUUGCACGCUGACACCUUCAACCCCCACCUCACCGCCACAGUGGGACUGGAUUAUCAGAUCAAAAACCUCGUUGUGGAUAACAAGCACUUUGCUCUCCGCCUGUGGGACUCAGCUGGUCAGGAAAGGUACCACAGCAUGACCAAGCAGUUCUUCAGGAAGGCGGACGGGGUGGUGCUAAUGUACGACAUCACCUCCGAGUACUCCUUCUCCGACGUGCGCUACUGGCUCAGCUGCAUCCAGGAAGCAGCAGAGGAUGGAGUUGCUGUUCUGCUUCUUGGGAACAAAACCGACUGUGCUGCCCAGAGACAGGUCCCUACAAAGGAGGGUGAAUGCCUGGCCAAGGAGCAUCAGCUCAUGUUUUAUGAGUGCAGCGCUGCCUCGGGCCACAACGUCUUCGAGUCCAUGGUCAGCUUCAUCAGGUUACUCAAAGUUCGUGAAGAUAAAUUGAAAAAUAAGGCAGAAGAGGUACCACAGGCACCCCAGAAGAAAAAGGGCUGCUGCUGGUGAUGGACAGACACCCCACACAUUGAUCUGAAACUGCACCAACAGCCAGAAAAGCAUCAAAACAGUCCUUGGACACCUCCUCUUUCCCCGAGUGUCUUCCUUGCCUGAUCAUCCUUGGAUGCUGUGGGGGACCCCCUGCCAUUCCCCCUGAGCACACCGGCCCUCCAAAAUACUUCUCAGAGAACUUUAGCACUUUCUUUUAGAGAGCAAAAUCAGGCCAAGAAAAGAGGCAGAAAAGGAGCCCAGCUGGGUCUGAGAUGCUGCAAUGAUACUGGAAGCAGCAGGGAGUAAACCCAAGCCUUGGGACAGAAGAAAUGAAAACCUGAAGCCAUCCAAGUGUAUAAAACAAGGGGGUUUAGUGCUGUUGGUGCUCUGGGCUCUGGGGACUUCUGCUCUGGCUUUGCAAUCUGAUUGGGUUUGUUCAGGAAUAAUGAGAUAUUCAAUAUAUUUUAAAUGCACUUAAAUCUCUCCAAUGAGACAUGGUAAAGCUAAUUUUUCCCUUUCCUGGUUUAUCCUGGCAGUGAGCAGUGAUGGGGCUUAACAGAAACUAUUGAAUAUUGUGCUCAAAAUAAAUUCAAAAGCCCCAAGAGCUUGUCCAUGAUAAGAAGAAGAUCAAUGCUUGCAAGAAGUUUUUUUCAUUGUGCUGUCCCCAGAGCAGAAUUCUGGACUACUGCAGCAAAUCUCAGGCUGGGCAGAGAACGAGCUGCUGCAUCCUGCCCUUCUGCUCUUUGUGAAGUAGUGAAUUGUUUUUAAAUCCAGCUUGAAAAAUCUAAAUAAACACAUGUCACAAUUUCAA